GACCCAAAUUGAAAGACUGAGGGGAAAUCAGACUGUGUUGGGGUAGUGGUGGGCAGUUGCCGACUUGCCCCAGCACCCUGGGCCAGGGACCUCCCAGAACUUGCCCUGUGCCCAGGACUGUGAGCCAGAGCAGGACAGGUUGAGCCAGAGGCAAAGCAGGGCAGGGACAACAGGCCUUUACCCAGGGCCAGAGGGAGAGCAGGAGGAGGUGCCUGGGCUGGUCAGUACCUCCUCCCUGCCCCCACUCUGCCUCCAGCCCCCAGUGAACUUUCCCCUAGAUCCCAUGGUCUAGGCCAGCCCCAGGGCGGGAGGUGUGGAGAUAGUGACAGCUGUGAUUGGUCAGAGCCAUCGGGGCGUGUCCCAAGCGCUGGCAGACCCUGGGCGGCUCAGCAGAGCAAGUGGACUCUGAGAUAGACAGACCAGGAACUUUCAGGCAGUGUCCCGCCUGCCCAUCUGGGACCCCUGCCCUCUAGACAUGGCCUCAGGCCCCCUGGACCUCCAACCCCGCGCUUCAGGUGUAGAGAAAGCCUAAACGCCACCAACCCAGGGCCCAUACCAUGCCACUUACCCAGGCUCAGCAAGCUUCUGGCAUAGAGGCCAUGGAGACGGUGCCCCCAGCUGUGGACCUAGUGCUGGGCGCUUCAGCCUGCUGCCUGGCCUGUGUCUUCACUAAUCCCCUGGAGGUGGUGAAGACACGGCUGCAGCUGCAGGGGGAGCUGCAGGCCCGAGGCACCUACCCACGGCCCUACCGGGGCUUUGUGGCCUCUGUUGCCGCUGUGGCCAGAGCGGAUGGGCUGUGGGGCCUGCAGAAGGGGCUGGCCGCCGGCCUGCUGUACCAGGGCCUCAUGAAUGGUGUGCGCUUCUACUGCUACAGCCUGGCGUGUCAGGCUGGCCUCACCCAGCAGCCAGGUGGCACCAUGGUCGCAGGUGCUGUUGCUGGGGCUCUGGGAGCCUUUGUGGGGAGCCCCGCUUACCUGAUCAAAACACAGCUACAGGCCCAGACUGUGGCCGCAAUGGCUGUGGGACACCAGCACCAUCACCAGAGCGUCCUGGGUGCCUUGGAGACCAUCUGGCGGCAGCAGGGCCCAUCAGGGCUGUGGCGGGGUGUGGGUGGGGCUGUGCCCCGAGUCAUGGUGGGCUCAGCUGCCCAGCUGGCCACCUUCACCUCAGCCAAGGCCUGGGUGCAGGAACAACAGUGGCUCCCAGAGGAUAGCUGGCUGGUGGCCCUGGCUGGAGGCAUGAUCAGCAGUGUAGCCGUGGUUGCCGUCAUGACCCCCUUCGAUGUGGCCAGCACUCGACUGUAUAAUCAGCCGGUGGAUGGAGCUGGCAGGGGCCAGCUGUAUGGGGGUCUCACUGACUGCCUGGUGAAGGUCUGGAGGCAAGAGGGCCCCCUUGCAUUCUACAAGGGCCUGGGCCCUGCCUACCUGCGCCUGGGCCCCCACACCAUCCUCAGCAUGCUCUUCUGGGAUGAGCUACGGAAACUGGCCAGGCGGGCCCAGCACCAGGGAACCUAGGUGGCAUUCUUCACUCCACAUCCUAACACAGCUGGGACUUGGCCAGAAGUGACAGCCUGCCCCAGCAGGACUGGCCAUCCAAAAGUGGGCCACAGGCCCAGACCAGGGAGAGUGUGGACAACUCUGCCCACCCCACCCCCCAGCACCAUGGCCCAGCCAGGGCCAAAGCAGAGCAUCCACUCCAAGUUACCACCUAUGCUGUUCUCCAGAAAGUUCUCUUCCUUCUCUGUCCUGGGUCACCGCCAUCCCAGAGCCUUAAUCCUUGUUAUAAAAGUGCUGCGGGCAUGAGCCAAGUGACUUAUAUACAUCAGCUGGCUUAGUCCUCAAACAGUAACAUAAGACAGGUAAUAUCCUCUUUGAGAGGUGACACGGCUUUGACCAAAGCCACACAGUUGUGCAGUGGCAGAGUGAGGACUGGAACUCAGCUGUGCCCACCAGACAUGUGCCCUUGAGAAGGGCCACUACCAUGCCAGGACCAUGGGUUCACUGUAUCCUGAGGAGACCAGGGUGCAGCAUGAGGCUGUGGCGACAUCAUCUGUCUUGAUUACUCAGACUGCCGUAACAAAAGUGCCACAGACCCAGGGACUUAAACAAUGGAAAUUUAUUCUCUCACAAUUCUGGAGGCUGGAAACCUGAGAGCAGGACUGGUUUCUCCUGGGGCCUCUCUCCCUGGCUUGUAGAUGACACCUUCUCUCUGUGUACUCCCAUGGUUGUCCCUCUGUGUCUGUGUCCCAAUGUCCUCUUACAAGGACUCCAGUCCUGUUGGAUUAGGGCCACCCUCAUUUCACUUAAUUUCCUCUGUCAAGACCCUGUCUCCAAGUCUAAUCACAUCCUGAGGUUACUGGGGGACAGGACUUCACCAUAUGAAUUUUGGGGGCACAGAAUUCAUCUCAUCUAAGGGUUUUUAUCAUGCCCAGGCUCCCCGGCUGGGCACUGUGGGCAUUUGCAUAGAUCCUGACAUUCUGAAAGGGAGCUGUGGGGUGCCUGUUGUUCAAAUGAAAAGACGGAGGCCCUGGGAAGGAAAGUGAGAUGCCUGACAUGCUGGAGGUCAGAGCAGAGCCAGCAGCUGGGUGAGCAGCAGGUCCCGGGCCCUCCCUCCAGACCAAGCACGACUCCGCCAUGGGUGUGCUCUUCGUGGACCCCAACUCCCUGGAAGGGGCUCAAACUGCCCCCACCCGCCUUCCGUGCCACACCCCUACUGCACACUCCAAGCCAAUAAAGUUUUCUAUU